GUUGAUAUUAUCCAAAUCCAACGAUUGACAUUAUAUUGGAGUCAUAUAUUUUCAUUUUUUUAAUUUUCCCAUUCAUUUUCAAGCCUUUUUUUUUUUCACUUUUACGCUGCACUUCUUUCUCUCUCCUCCAUUGCAGCGAAUUCCGAGCUCUCCAUUGGAGCGGCUUCCGAGCUUUCGCUCCUCCAUUGAAGCAGUUCUUUAGAUCAAGGGUUAAUGAACUCAAUAUUUCUGUUUUUUUGGGAGUAGGCUGCAUGUACCAGACAACCAGGUUUCCCUAUACUGCCUCUAAGGGAACUUCUUAAGAGGCAUUGAAUAUUGUUGACGUUGAUGCGGUGUGACUUGAUCUCAGCCUUUGUAGCUGUAGCCUGUGCUUCUUGUAAAUUCAGCAUCAAAGGACUUUUGGCAUUGUUUUGAUGACUGAAUCAAAGGAGGUCAAAUCAUCUGGUGAUGGCAUUUCUGGGUCAGUGAACACUGAUCCAGAUGCUAUGAAAAUGGAGAUGGUCAAGGAGAAACAUACAGAGGACAAGGAGGACGUUGGGGAAAAGGAAGAAGGGGAUGAUGAUAAAGAGAACGCUGAAGAGGAGGAAGAGGAGGAGGAGGAUGAUGAAGGGGAAGAGGAAGAGGAAGAGGAGGAUGAGGAGGAGGAGGAGGAUGGAGAGGGGGAAGAAGAAGAUACAGAAGAAUCAGAUGAGGAUACAGAGGAUGAGCAGGAUAACAAAUUGGAACCUGGGCCGGUUGAUGUGGCAAUUGACGGUGGGGAGGAAGAGGAGGAUACUGAGGAUGAGCUGGAGAACCAAUUGGAACCUAGGCCAGCUGAUGUGUCCAUUGAUGGUGGAAAGGUGUUGCAUGUGGAGGUUUCUCUGGAAAAGAACUCUGAUAAAAUUGUAGAUUCUCCAACUCACGGGGUCGAAAAUAACAAAACAGUGCAUGCAGGCAAUGUCAAACCGUCAGUAGAUGAUGAUGGUAUUCCUGUUCCAGAGGCUUCAGUGAAAAGUAAAGAGGGAACAAUAAAGAAACCUGUUAUAUCUGAUGAUAAGGGUUCCAUAAGACCUGAUACUGAAGAGGGCCAUGAUAUAAAAUCAGAUGAUUCACUUAAAGAUAGAAGGUCUGGUGAUGAAACUAUUUCCAGAAAUCAAUCUUCUUCAUUGAAGGAGGAAGAACCAAAGAAUGUUGCAAAGACAAAAGAAGGAGCUAUGGAUGUUGAUGACAAAAUUCCCAGUCUUGCCUCUAAAUUUGACAUAGACACUACAGGUGGAGGGGAGUCAGGAACAGAAGAUGAACAAGCAGCUUUUAUGAUGGAGCUUGAUAAGUUUCAUAAAGAAAGAAGUCUAGACUUUAAGCCACCAAAAUUCUAUGGAGAGCCACUGAAUUUGCUGAAGCUCUGGAGGUCUGUUUUGAAGUUGGGCGGCUAUGACAAGGUGACUGCUUGUAAAUAUUGGCGUCAAGUGGGAGAGUCAUUUAAACCUCCCAAGACUUGCACCACAGUGUCAUGGACCUUCCGCAUAUUCUAUGAGAAGGCUCUUCUUGAUUAUGAGAGAUACAGGACAAGUAGUGAUGGCUCUAGCAUUCCCGGUUCACUUGCUGUGCCUAUGGGAGCUGAAAAUCAGGGUUCUGGAUCAGGAAGGGCCCGCAGGGUUGCUGCAGCUCGAGCUAUGGAGGGUUGGCAUUCUCAGCGUGUACUUGACAAUGGUGAAGUUAGUGACCCAAUCAUAAAGGAUAAGAAUCUCAUCUCGUUGAGCAAGAAAGAAAGACAGCUGAAAAACCUGGGUGAACUGAAACGGAAAAACCCAUCUUCAACUGAUCAUGCCGUGAAACCUGCACGCAAAGUUCAAAAAUUACAAUCGGAAACCACAGUAAUUGACAUUGGAUCUCCUGCUGAUUGGGUGAAGAUUAAUGUUCGUGAGACUAAAGAUUGCUAUGAGGUCUAUGCUUUAGUUCCAGGGCUACUACGUGAAGAGGUGCGCGUCCAGUCUGAUCCUGCUGGUCGUUUGGUUAUAUCGGGUGAACCUGAAAAUCCUGACAAUCCUUGGAGUGUGACACCAUUCAAGAAGGUCGUUAGCCUACCGUCAAGAAUUGACCCACAUCAGACAUCAGCCGUGGUAACAUUGCAUGGACAGUUGUUUGUUCGGGUGCCAUUUGAACAAUAUGACUAGCUUCCAGCAGGUUGCACAUAAUGAUUGAGAGUGUACUGUAAUUGUAGGAUUGCAGAUACUAGUCACAUAGGUGAGGAUAGCGUGAGCUUGUAGUGCUGUCGAUGUUAGGUCUGAGUUCAAUCUGUAUCUUCCUGUAUUCCUCCAACUUUCUGUACUUUUAGACAUUCUAGAACUUGCCAAUUGCAAGUUUCUUACCAAGAAUGAAAUUAGGUUCUUCAAUGCAUAGAAUUGAAUUUAGUUAUCAAUUGCAUGCUGCAGCCGCUAGCUGAUGUUAAUGAGUACAUAUUUUAAUUUUUCUAUAAAAGAUCAAAUUUGAUGA